GAGAGGCUCCAGUGUGAAAGUGGUGGUGAUAGGAGGCUGACAUGUGUGUAUCAGUUUACAAGGGUCUCACAACCGCUCAGAUAUAAGGGGCAGGUAUACCCCCCUCCCUUAUCUCUUGGGCUUAUAACAGUAAACUUGAUGGAGUCGUCAUAAGAGCAGGUUCCUGGCUAGAGAUGAUGUUCAUCGGCUUGGUGGUGGUGCUGGUGGGAUUACCCAUCGGCCACUUGUGCACCAGCCACACCACACAAGGAGAGGUGAGGGUGUCUGAGGGGUCUCCGGUGGUGUACGUGGCCGCCGUGCUCGAGUACGAGCCAUAUAACCUGUGGACGGAGGAUGGAGGCGGAGAGGCCAUCGUCAGGGAGAACUCUCGCGUCCUCGCUGAGUACACCGCCCUGGCCAAGGCUCAGGGCGUGGACAUCCUUGUGGCUCCGGAGUACGGAGUUGAGAGUCUGAAUAUGCAUCCAUUCAUCCCAGAUGAUCUCUUCUCCCUGAUGCUGUUCGUCCCUGACCCUGACCUGAGGGUAACGCCGUGUGCCGUGGACGCCGACCUGGGCCACGUUGAGGCCCUGAGAGCCCUGAGCUGUGCUGCCCUGGAGAACGAGAUCUACCUGGUCGUGGACCUCGGGGAGGCGAGCCCCUGCAGGAAUGACACGGCCGGCAACAACCCCUUUCAGAACGUCCUGGACACCUCAUACAAGUGUCCAGAGCGUGGCUACAUCUACUACAAUAGCCAGGUUGUUUUCGAUAGGAGCGGCACUGUCAUCGCCAGGUACCGCAAGAAGAACCUGUACCUGGAGGCGAGCUUCAAGCCGGGCACGGAGAGUGACGAGACUGCCAUCUUCACCACAGACUUUGGCGUCACCUUCACCCUCCAGGUGUGCUUCGAUAUCGCCUUCUUCCACCCUGGCGUGAACAACGUAGUGACUCACGGCAUCACAGAUGUCGUCAUGAGCACAGCUUGGGUUGAUUUGCUCCCCUUCACACUCGCUCCGCCAGUGCAGAACACUUGGUCUCGAGAACUGGGAGUGAAUCUGAUGGUUUCCGGCUACCACCUCCCAGAACGUGCAAAACUGGGCUCCGGCAUCUACCGUGGUUUCUCCGAUCUCUCCUUCACUUACACUUACGAUCCUGAUUCCGGCAACCAGAUGAUCGUGUCAGAGGUCGAGACGGUCGCCUCCGUCAGCGGCAAGUAUCGGCCAUCCUCCAGAGUUCCUGGCAUGAGGCACAUCAAGUUAGGUGGGAAGACCAAGGUGAUGGCCGGUGGCUCAGUGGAGGCUCCCAGUGCCCAAGGCAGACACCAUCAGAUCUACUACGACGACUUGAGCAACUAUACACAAGUGGUGCUCCCUCAAGGUGGGCCUGGCGAGACGCAGCAAGUCGAAGCAUGUCACCAGGACGGCCUCUGCUGUACCCUCACCUACAGCCUCACGUCGUCUCUCAACUACUCUUUAUUGGCCUACAGUGGCAUCAUCAGUGAGGGAGAUGGUGUGUACAAGAUCUAUGCUCAGGUGUGUGCCGUGGUGUGGUGCCACACAGAGGACAUCAACACUUGUGCUCGAGUUAACGACGGCCUCCCGCAGAACGACGAAUUUGGCCCAUUUACGAUUUCGGGAAAUUUCAGUAUUAAUUACGUCUAUCCAUCAAUAUUUACCCGCAACCUGACCCUCGUCGCCAACGACCAAUACACCACCACUAAUGACAGAGGCACUCGCACCAUCACCACACAAGAGCCCACGCCAGAUCUCCUCUCCACUUUUCUCUACGGCCGCUGGUACGACCGCGACCCAUAAGCUCCCUGGUGAAGAGAGCCAAGAGUGCAGAGACGAAGGAGAGAGAGAGAAGAGAUACUUUAGUAUAUGCAGAAUUUAUCUCUCCUUAUCAGCACUCCACCAUACAAGUAACCCAACAGGGCCAAUAAUAUUAAUGGUUCCCCACACAGUAAUAUGGAACCACCAGAGUUAUAAUGUGUUCAAAACCACACCAGCCAUAACAGAUACCUCUAUACAUAAGGAAAGAUGUAUUCCACCUAAACGAUAAAACAGCGGGUCAUUCUUCUUUGUCUGACGCAAAACUUCACCGCUUAACAAAGGCUGUGUGUAAGAAGGAUGUUUGAUCAUUAAUUAACCAAACCUUACAUAGAUCGCUGACGGAGAAUAAUAUGCCACAGUAAACAACAGUGAAUUUUUAGUAUUAUGGGAUAAAUAUAUAAUAUAAAGCUUGAUAACAAAUUCUAUAAUAUAUGUAUUAAGUGCAUGCUGAACUCCCAACAAUGUGAAGUAUCUAGGAGAAAAUAUUGAGGCCGUGCAAAGGGAUCGAACCCUCGUCCCUGGACUCGGCGGUAUUUAUUGGGCAGGAGUUGGCCAGCACCAGAGAGUAAUCACACACCAGCCCUACACAUCUCGCGGCCAGGAUCAUUAACAGCAACACAUACUCUCUAUCAUACUUCUAUUAAUCAUCAUACAAUCUAAUCCACAAUCAGCACAAAUUUAAUACAUAAUAUCAACUGAAUAUUUGCUUAGUUGCAGUUUUGCAAUAUAAGACAUGAACAAUAGGCCAAUAACAAGGAACUUCAAGAAUCUUAAUUAAAUCAUUAAGUAAACCCAAUCUGCGACAUAUUGACUAAGUCAGACUUUUUUUGCCCCCUGUGAGACUCGAAGGCUGUUGCCAGAUAUGAUAACAGCAAGCAGUUCCCACGUUAUCUAACCCAGAACCUUUAACGACCACACUUUAGUCCUGUUUGUCAUCCAGAAUAUUAGCUAGGUGCUCUACCAUCCGGCCAAGUUAAAGACUCGGAGAAUAGUCAUAUGUGAAGACCUUCAACAUAACUUUGUAGAUCUGAGACAGUGAAUUCUACACUGGAUAUUCAGUCUCUUAUUAACAUAUUACCCGGCAGGAAGAGCCACCUAUCUAUGCAUCAUUUGUUACAAUAAGCAGACGUCCUUAACUACUGCUCGGCUUAGGCUCUGUCAGGAGUACCUCCGGAGAUGUGCACCGUCUGAGGAUGCAUAUUUGACCAAAUGUAAACUGUAUCUGAAAAUAAUUCGCACGCCCUGUAUCACUCUGUGAUGAAAUGUAAAAAAAAAAACAAUUCAGGGGAAAACUGCCACAAAUAAUAAAGAAAUAUUUACA